AAUGUGACCACAACACAAAUCAGAGCCAAGAUGUCUCAGGUCACUACCCUGGAGAGAGUCAACACUCAUAAUAGCGAAUCGUUCGCACUUAAGCCCAUCAAUUCAGUAGGCAAUGACCCAGGACAACACACCGCAGCAUCAUCAGCUGUCCAGCCAAUCAGUGAGACAGGCACGACAAUCGAACGUAGAGGCGAAACGGACACUGCUCCUCCAGCUUCUACCCCUGAGGAGGCAGAUCCGGAGUUCCCAGUGAUGCCGAAGUGGCAGCUUCAGUUAACAUUUGUAUCACUUGCGGUUGUUGGCUUUCUCGCAAACCUAGACACGUCGAUCGUUGCCACUGCGAUGCCUACGAUUGCAUCAGAGUUCGACUCGCUCAACCAGCAGUCAUGGAUCGCGCUCUCUUAUCUUCUCACAAACACAGUGUUUCAGCCGAUGUGGGGUCGUGCAACGGAUCUCAUCGGCUCUCGCACCAUCCUCUUCGUAUGCGUCUUCACGUUCGAACUGGGAAGCUUGCUUUGCGCCUUGUCCAAGAAUUUCAUAUGGCUGUGCUGUGCGCGUGCUAUUGCCGGACUUGGAGCAGGAGGAAUCACCAUCGUCAUCAUGGUCAUACUGACUCAGAUGGUGUCCAUCAGGGAGAGGGGAAACUACAUCGGCAUUUUUGCUGCCAGAAUUGUUAUUGCCAUGAUCCUUGGACCGCUUCUUGGCGGCCUCUUUGUCAGCUUCGACUGGAGAUGGUGUUUCUGGAUCAACCUUGUAAUCUCUGUUCCGGCUCUUGCGAUCUUAGUGGCAUUCAUCAAGAAACUGCCUAAUAGGACCAAGCCCGACAUUGCUUGGCGCGAUAUUGACUACGGCGGCCUCGUCAUCCUCGGAGUCUGUGUCACUGCGAUUUGUCUUGCCUUCAAUUGGGGUGGCAUUGUCUAUGAAUGGAACAGCGCCGUCAUCAUCGCACUUCUUGUGGUCGGCUUCGCCCUUGUCCUCGUCUUCGUCAUAUAUGAGAUCAAGGUACCGAAGCUGCCGCUCAUUCCGAUGAAGAUGUUCAGAUUCAGGAAUGUGACAACCACCACCGUGAACAAUUUCUUCACAGCGGCCGCUAUGCUGGGUGUAUUUAUCUACCUCCCAUCAUACUAUCAACUCGUCCGACAUGAUAAGCAAGUCAUCUCUGGGUUGGAAGUUCUCCCCUACAUUAUGCCGCUGCUUCUCACUUCUACCCUUUCUGGCUUGAUCGUAGCACGUACCGGCUAUGUGCAAGGUGUGCUCUGGGUUGGAGGUAUAGGCAACUUGCUCGGAACUGGUCUCCUCAUCUUACUCAACGGUCGAUACCCCCGUGCCGUCGAGUACGUCUUGUUGGUACUCACCGGAUUAGGGAGUGGGUUCUUGAUGCAGAGUACUAUCUUGAGCGCUCAAAGCCAAGUUCCCCGGGAUAUUCUUGCAACAGUUACAACUAUGUCCUUGUGGAGCAGGAGUAUGGGAGGAGUCAUAAGUAUCGCAAUGCAAGGAAGUAUCAUCACCAAUCUUUUCAAGAGGAGCCUUCUGGAGACCCCGGCCGCACUACCUUAUAUCAAUCAACUGCUCGCAGCGUCAAAUGUCGAAUCUCUGCCGCCCGAGGUGCAAGUUAUUGCCGCACAAUCUUAUGGCUCGGCGUUCCAGAUGAUGAUGGUGGCGACGACCGUCUUCUGCACACCAGGAUUCAUUGCAUCUCUGGCCACUAAGAAAGAGAAGUUGAGCUAGGAAGUCGCUUAGUAAAGCGAGAAAGCGUUAUGUGGUUGUCCGUGGAAUAACGCAGGUGGAAAGAUGCUGAAAGCACGACCUAUUGCGAGGUGUGGUUUAAUUCUGCAACUUCUUCAGCAAGUCAAAGUUCGACCUGUCCUUCUCCGUAAUCCAAUAGUUGCGAUGGGUUAAUUCAAG